CAGUGAAUCCGGGACAGCGGGAAGUGCCAUAAAUAUCGGGACUGUUCCGCUGAAAGCGGGACUGUUGGGAGGCAUGCUGUCCCUCCCCGGUGCGGGGCUGCUUGGGACCAGGGACUGACUCACUCUGCCCUGAGCAGCCAAUGGCUGGGGUUGUGCUGUUUUACCAUCACCCGGCCCGCCUUACAGUGGAUCUUUCUUACCUUUAUAUGUACAGAUGACAUUGCUUCGCUCAUCAUAAGCUGUAACGUAUGAUGUUAGGAGCUGCACAGACGCGGGGUUGCUGUCGGGAUGUGAGAGACAGAGAGAAGGAUCUGAGCAGUGCCCGCAGCUGCCCGAGCGAUGCCGUUACUAGCCCAUGCGAGAAAGAACCUGUGCCGGGGGCAUUUGCUCAGGUACACGCUGCCUUUAAUGCUCCUGCUCUUCCUCACAGUGGGGCUGAAACAUCUGGCCAUUGAUUGCAACCAGAGGGAUAACAAUGAGAUACCCAUAGGGACCUGCAUGGCUUCCUACUACAUGGCUUUAAACUUGUCAGCCCCUGGAGAAAAGAACUGCCACAGAAUUAUCCAAGGGGACAUGGAGGAAGUAAGAAGAGCCCUAAUAGACAAUCUGGUGGCCAAAAAAAAGCGAGUCAUCAUGACUGAUGAGAGUUUUAUCAAUGCAACCAGUGACUGCAAGCUCUUCAGGCAGAGAAGAAAAUAUGUCAUGUUUAGUUUGAGUAAAGAGGAACAAGAUUUUCCCAUCGCUUACUCUAUGGUGAUCCACGACAAUAUUGAGAUGUUUGAAAGACUUCUGAGAGCUAUUUACACCCCGCAUAAUAUUUAUUGUGUUCAUAUGGAUAAGAAGUCCCCAGAGAGCUUUCAUCAAGCAGUGAGAGCUAUCACGUCUUGCUUUGGCAAUGUGUUUGUGGCAUCAAAGCUGGUCAACGUGGUCUAUGCAUCAUGGCGGAGAGUUCAAGCAGAUCUUAACUGCAUGGAAGACUUGCUACAGAGCAAGGUGCCGUGGAAAUAUCUCAUUAAUACAUGUGGAACUGACUUUCCAAUAAAGACUAAUGCUGAGAUGGUCAAGGCUCUUAAGUCUUUAAAUGGUCACAACAGUAUGGAGUCUGAGAUUCCACCCAACCACAAAAAGAGACGCUGGGAGUAUCACUUUGAACUCAAGGAGGACUCAAAUAAUAUUGUUCUGACAAAUACUAGGAAAAAGCCGUCACCAUUACCUGUUCCAGUUUUUAGUGGCAAUGCCUAUAUAGUGGUUACUAGAAACUUUGUUAAUGCAUUGUUUGUAAACCCCACAGUAAGAAGCUUUAUUACUUGGGCAAAGGAUACUUAUAGCCCUGAUGAAUAUUUGUGGGCUACAUUAAAUAGGUUUGCCGAGAUGCCAGGAUACAUGCCUGCGCACCAGAAAUAUGACACUUCAGACAUAAAUGCCAUUGCUAGACUGGUGAAAUGGGAAAGCCUGGAGGGGGACAUGAGUAAAGGUGCUCCCUAUAUACCAUGCUCUGGUACCCACAGGAGAACGGUGUGUGUGUAUGGAACCGGAGACCUAAACUGGUUGCUCCAGCAGCACCAUUUAUUUGCCAAUAAGUUUGAUCCAAAAGUAGAUAAUAAUGUUAUUCAAUGUCUGGAGGAAUAUCUGAGGUAUAAAUCAUUUCAUCAAACUGAGAAAUUAUUGUAAGAGUCAUUAUGCCUAUUUAAUAAUGAGUGCAAUGUUUUGACCAAAUUGUACUGUUUAGAAGGUGAAAAUACCAGUUUAGUUAGAAGGGUAUACGUUCACUCUCUCCAUAAUCUGUAUGUAAUUGUGCACAUUGUACACUGCUGAGGUAAAAUAAUGGAAGUCUUUGAAUCAGUUUUUCCUUUAAACUAAAAAUGUGAAAUGCUUGCUUAGUUUUAUUAGUAAUACCUUGUCAGUAUAGGCUAAUAGUUUUUUAUGAGGCAAGAAAAAGUCACAAAACAUUUUGUUUUCAAAAUGCAUAAUUUGUCAGUAUUUUAAAGGACAACUUGCAUGUACAUAUUUAGCAACACGUUUUACUAUUGGCAUAUGUCUGCUGUACUGUAGCCCUGUGCUCUUUAAAGGGACAGUAACAACAAAAAAGUGUUUUAAAGUAAUGAAAAUAUAAUGCAGUGUUGUCCUGCACUGGUAAAAUCGAUCGCUUCAGAAACACCACUAUAGUUUAUAUAAACUAUAUAUAUGUAGCAAUGGAGGCAACUGAAAUAGGUCACUCAACACCAUUAUACAGAGCUUAUCUGCUAUGUAACCUGAGCCUUUUCUCCUUUAAAUAACUGCCCCACAGCUACACAGCAGUAUCUUUAUAUACUACUAUAUAACCAUAUUAUUGUUUCUAAAAGAAAUACAUCAGUUUUACUAGUGCAGGGCAACACUGCAUUAUAUUUUCAUUACCUAAAAAUACUUUCAUUUUUGGUGUUACUGUUCCUUUAAAAAAAAGCCUGGUCUAUGACUAAAAUUCACCUCCCCUGCUCUUCCUUUCCAGUUGCACAUGCUAAUUAGCAUUUCUAUUCAGUUCGGUAUUUGGCCGAAUCCCUUAACAUGGGUUCGGAGGUUCGGCCCGAAACCGAAAAACUGUGUUUGGUGCAUCCCUACUGUUUACCCAUGAACUGACUUGUACAACUCUUUGGGAUGCACUGGCUGACCAGCCAAGCCUUUCAGAGAAUUUAAUCUCUGGGGUGAGUGGAACAUGGAUGACAUGAAUAACAGUAAAUGUUUAAAGCUUUAGAUUUAAGGGAUGUAAACCAUAUUUUUAUUGCCAAAGUAAUGUGGAAGAACUUAAUUUAGAUAAGGGUAUAAUAAUAUGUAUACUUUGACACACAAGGAUGUUAGUCACCCCAUGACUAAUUUAUGAAUCUCUAACGUUGGUGGCUAAUCUCCUUGAAUGUUUUCCUACCAGCGACAAUGUAAAUCGCCAGGUAGGAACUCAAUGUGUUGAUUUCCUCGCAAGGCAACUUUGUGCAACUUCAGAAAGCCGAAGGAACACGGCAGGAAAGCAUUCAGAGGAGAUUAGUCGCCACCGCUAGAGGAGAUUAAUUGCGGGCCAACUAAUCUCCUCGUGUGUCAUCGGCCUUAGUUUUCUUCUUUGAUUAGUCUAAAGCUAGACACACAUGUAACAAUUUUUCUUUACCUAACGACCAAUUUCAGUGCGAUCCAACAAAAUUGCUGUAAGGUUGGCAUGCACAGAAGGAUUAUACAUCUGCCGACCUUUCUUCUUACAUUGGUCAAAAAAUAGAUUGGACAGGCUUGCAUAUACACGUCAUCCUCUUCCACUUUGGGCUUCAACUAGACAAUGGGCCCGAUUUACUAAAGUCCGAAAUAAGGAGUGCUAUUUAUAGCAUGCGUUAAAAAUCUUAUCACUUCUUAUUUUUCGCUC